CUCAAUGCCAACACAUUAUGGGUUACGCAAUGAGUGUUGCCUUCAGUUGUAUUGUAGACUAGAAUAGGGGUUGAGUUCACGCAAUGCUAAGCAAUGCAAAGCCAAUGCAUCGCUCGCUUCACAGACUGUACUGUACUGUCACUCAAUUGCCAACAAUCACCUCAUGUCUGACGUCUACACACCUGUCAUACCUGACAUUGUCUUCGCCGACCAUCGCAUCCCUGUCCGCACCAUUCAAUUGUCUGAUAGUUUGUCACACUUUUUAUUAGGCGUUUGUUUAUCACAUGUGAUGUAACCCAAGAGUCAAAUAUGGUUUUGGUUUGCAAUUAAAUGAUCGCUAAAACCCGUACUUAAGACAUAAGCGAUGAUUGAUUCAGCAGUUUAUGAGAUAAUCGGAAGAAGUGUUUGUCUUUUAUUCGUGUCUUUUAUUUGCUAUAAAUUAUUGAAAGGCUUUUAUACCAUAUAUUUGGCAAAUGCUUUGGGUUUGGGAGUCGUGUGGAAGCCCUCAUCCAAGACAUGGGCUGUCAUUACUGGAGCCACCGAUGGUAUUGGUCUGGAAUACGCCAACCGAUUGGCGCGUUUGGGUUACUGUUUGCUGAUUAUUAGCCGAAGCGAAGACAAAUUGCAAAGAGUUCGGUCGGAACUGUUGAAGAAUAAUCCCAAAUGCGUGACCAUUAAGACACUGGCCGUUGACUUCACGAAACCAGACAUUUACGGGCGAAUCAAAGAAGCGACAGAUAGUGUGGAAGCGGUGGAUGUGUUGGUGAAUAACGUGGGCAUGAGUUCCAAGAUAUGCGAGUACUUCACGCGAAUCGAGAAACUCAAUGAAUUCAUCCCUUCGAUCAUCAAUUGUAACAUAACUUCGAUGACAAAAAUGGUUUCAUUGGUUUUGCCACAAAUGGUUGCCCGCAAGAGGGGAAUCAUUAUUAACAUAUCGUCACUUUCGGCCACAAAUCCAAUCCCAUUGCUUUCCAUCUAUUCCUCAUCCAAAGUGUAUUGCGAUUACUUCUCGCGAAGUCUUCAUUACGAGUAUAAAGACAAAGGUAUUAUCGUUCAGAGCGUUUUGCCCGGAUUUGUGUCGACCAACAUGUCAUCCAUGAGACCGUCGUUUACUGUGCCGACAGCCGAGGCCUACGUCGGCGAAGCCAUCAAAACGAUUGGCAUCGAGAGCCGCACUUACGGUCAUUUCGCUCACAAGAUGUUGGGCUUCAUAUACGACACCAUCAGCUCUACUCUCGGCCAACAAUACAACUCAUACUUCGCGUUCAAACAGCUCUUGAAACUCAGAUCUCGUUAUUAUAACAGACACGGACUCAAAGACCAAUAAAAGAGUUAAAUAUUAUUUUAUAUAAUUUUAUCACAAAUUUAUAAAAUAGUCACAAAAUUAGAUGAUUUAACGAAACGUCUAAUACUUUGGC